UGCUGGAUUCGGGAGAAGGUCCGCCAUUAUUGGGAAGCUGAAAAAAAAAUAGACUUAUACACACCGUCACACAUUUCGCCUGUAAGGGGCUUAACAUUGGAAAGGAAAAUACAAGAGGGUCGGACGAGCUGUUGUGCGCUAAAAAGCGACGCUUUGCUCAAUGAUGGCAGAGCUUGUGAUCGCGUUUCAUACGGACUCUUUAUUUUUGACACAACAAAGGAAAUAAUAAUUGGUCAAAACAACGUGGUGGUUGAACCAAGAAGGAAAAAACACACCGAAACAGCGCUUUUUACAACGCCUCCCCCUUUUCUCCUGGUUUCCAGCCUUGGAGAAAAGACUGGAGUUUGAUUUUUUUUUCUUUUCCUGACGAGAAUUUAGUUGUUUUUUUCCUCCUCUCCACAGACAGGGAGAGAGAUAUGCAUCUCGUUUCUGAAAACUUCAGUCUGAUGAAAACGAGCACUUAAUGUGGGGAGCAAUGGACAGAUAGGGAGUUUAUUGAAAAAAAAGCGGAAAAUAAUCGAUGUGAGUGCUGGUAGGAAGUGUUUUUCUCUGUUUUUUAAAGUCUUUCACCGGCUGUGAGUCGCAGAGAGCGAAAUAAAGGAGUGGACGAGAGCUGGAGAGGCAGGAAUGCUAUGGACCAAACCCCAGCCCAGUGAGCUUCUCUUGCAUGGAAACCCUCCUUCCCUGGCAGCCUUUUCCUCUCCUUAGCGCUAGCGACCAGCAUGGCAGGAUGAGCCUCUGCCAGCGACGAUGAUGGCCAAAAAGCAAGAUGUCCGGGCACCCACCUACAACCUGGUCGUGGUUGGGUUGUCCGGCACGGAGAAGGAGAAAGGCCAAUGUGGUGUGGGCAAGUCUUGCCUUUGUAACCGCUUUGUCCGGCCAAGUGCAGAUGACUUCCACCUAGACCACACCUCCGUUCUCAGCACCAGUGACUUUGGAGGCCGUGUUGUGAACAAUGACCACUUCCUGUUCUGGGGAGAGGCUGGGCGGACGAUGGAGGAAGGGCCUGAAUGCCGUAUGAAUGUGGUGGAGCAGACGGAGUUCAUUGAUGAUCAGACGUUCCAGCCACACCGAAGCACGGCGCUCCAGCCCUACAUCAAGCGGGCAGCUUCCACCAAGCUGGCUUCGGCUGAGAAGCUGAUGUACUUUUGCACGGAUCAGCUGGGGCUGGAGCAGGACUUUGAGCAGAAACAGAUGCCUGAAGGCAAACUUUUGGUGGACGGCUUCUUACUUUGUGUGGAUGUUAGCAGGGGUAUGAACCGCAGUUUUGAGGACCAGAUGAAGUUUGUUACCAACCUGUACAACCAGCUAGCCAAAACGAAGAAACCUGUGGUACUGGUUCUCACCAAAUGUGAUGAAGGAGUUGAGCGCUAUAUUAAAGACUCGCACACCUUUGCCCUAGCCAAGAAGAACCUCCAGGUGGUAGAAACAUCAGCGCGCUCUAAUGUCAAUGUUGACCUAGCCUUUCUUACACUGGUUCAGCUAAUAGACAAGAGUAGGGGAAAGCCCAAAAUCAUCCCUUACUUUGAGGCACUGAAACAGCAGAGUCAACAGAUUGCCUCAGCCAAAGACCGCUACGAGUGGCUGGUCAACCGAAUUGUGAAGAACCACAAUGAGACAUGGCCUGCUGUCAGUCGCCGCAUGCAGACUGCUCCUGAGUACAAGGACUAUGUUUUCCUUGAGGGGACAGCUAAAGCGAAGAAGCUCUUCCAGCAGCAUGUGCAUAGACUUAAACAAGACCAUAUAGAGAAACGUAGGAAGGCCUAUCUAAGUACUCUACCACAGGCCCUGUCCGUACUGUUACCAGAGUUGGAUGAGAUAGAUCACCUGAGCUGGUCUGGAGUUCAGAAAGUCCUGGAGACAAAGAGAGAUUUCUCCCAAUGGUUCGUAGUACUAGAUGACACCCCUUGGGAGACCACCCCACACAUUGAUAAGAUGGAGGAUGACCGAAUCCCCCAGGACCUCCUGGAGACCCCCCCAGCUGAAACUAUCUAUGAGACUCACCUGGAGCAGCUAAGGAAUGAGCGCAAACGGGCUGAGAUGAGAUGGGAGUUCAAGGAGAAGCUAAGUGUCUCUCCCUUCAUCACACCAGGGAAACCCUGGGAGGAGGCCCGAAGCUUCAUCAUGAAUGAAGACUUCUACCAGUGGCUGGAUGAGGCUGAAUAUCUGGAUAUCUACAACAAACACCAGAAGGAAAUCAUUGACCGAGCCAAAGAGGACUUUCAGGAAUUGCUUCUUGAAUACUCUGAGCUCUUUUAUGAGCUGGAAGUGGAUGCAAAGCCAAGUAAAGAGAAAAUGGGAGCCAUUCAAGAGUUGUUGGGUGAAGAGCAAAGGUUUAAAGCCCUGCAGAAGCUGCAGGCAGAAAGGGAUGCUCUAGUAUUGAAACAUAUCCAUUUUGUCUACCACCCCACCAAGGACACCUGCCCCAACAGCCCUCACUGUGUGGACAGUAAGAUUGAGCAGAUACUGGCCUCCAAAUUCCCCACCCGCUACCCAUCAUCAGAUAGUUCAAGACUGGAUUUGGGGAGGGCUGAGCGGAUAAAUCUUGUCAUCCUAGGGAAAGAUGGGCUAGCCAGAGAGAUGGCGAAUGAGAUAAGGGCCUUGUGCACCAGUGACGACCGGUACGUGUUAGAUGGCAAGAUGUAUGAGUUAGCCCUUCGUCCCAUAGAGGGCAACGUGCGUCUGCCAGUCAAUUCAUUCCACACGCCAACCUUUACACCUCAUGGUUGCCUGUGUUUGUACAACUCAAAGGAAUCCCUCUCUUAUGUUGUCGAGAGUUUAGAGAAGCUUAGGGAGUCAACUAUAAGCAGAAGGGAAAGGGAAAACAGCUUAUCUCAACUCCCGCUGUCCCUCCUUCUGGUCACCAAGAGGGGGGUGGGGUCCAUUGGGGAUAUUGGGGGGGAGACAGCUCAGACUCUUAUCCAGCAAGGGCAGCAGGUGGCUGGAAAGCUGCAGUGUGCCUACCUAGACCCUGCCUCACCAGGCAUGGGCUACGGUCGCAAUGUCAAUGAGAGGCAGAUCAACCAGAUGCUGAAGGGCCUCUUAGAAUCACGGAGAAGUAUAGGGAGCAGCUCCCCUCCCUUACCCCCUCCAUCCUCUGCCUUCAGAGACUCUCAGUCCCAGCCAGUGCUCGAGGCAGACCUGAGGAUAGUCAUGUGCCUGAUGUGUGGAGACACAUAUGACAUAGACCAACUCCUUGCUCCCUUCCUGUUGCCCCAGCAUUGUCGUCCUGCCGCCAGCCUCAGCAGUGGCACCUCCGUUUUGCUGGAACUGAGUAUAGGAGGUCAAAGGCAGAAUAUCGAGCUGUCACUGCUCUCCUUUCAUUCUUCAUUCUCACUUCGCAAGACCAAGCUGGUCCACGGCUACAUUGCAGUUUACUCUGCUCGCCGCAAGGCCUCUAUGGAGACAUUAUGUGCUUUCCUGUGUGAGGUCCAAGACAUCAUCCCAGUCCAGUUGCUAGCAGUGGGGGAGAGCCAGAUGGAGCUGUCAGACUCUGAGUCAGCUAAGGAGCAGGUCAGUCAGGGAGAGGAACUGGCCCAUGAAAUAGAGGCCAGGUUUAACACGGUAAUAUGUGGACAUGGCGGGGUAGUAGGGGGACUUCAUAAGAUAGACCUUUUCCAAUCCUUCCUCAAAGAGGCAGUAGAGAAGCGCACUAUUGUCGAGGCAACACACAUGUAUGACAAUGUGGCUGAGGCAUGUACCAAUGAGAGCAUCAGCCCUCGCUGUGGCUCUCCUAGUCCAGUUAACAUUCUUAUGGACUCAGAGGACGAUAUUGACCCAUCACCACCUUACCCUACACUGAGGGAGGAUGGAAGUCUUGGUUCCCACCUCGGAAGCUUCAAGCUGCCGGAUCUGGAUUCAAGUGAUACCUUCUCCGUCAUUUCUGAGCUCAGCACGUUUGAGAGCAAGCUGAACAACAAGGUUCCACCACAAGUGAAGCCCAAGCCGGUCCGUAAGGUUAACCUCGGCCCCUACAUGGACCAGCAGGGUGGCACCAACCGGCGCUCUCUGCCCCAAGCCGUCACCUGGGCUCCAGGUAGCGAUGGUGGCUAUGACCCCUCAGACUACGCAGAGCCCAUGGAUGCUGUGAGCAAACCACGACCCACAGAAGAGGAGAAUAUUUACUCUGUCCCUCAUGACAGCACACAGGGCAAGAUCAUCACCAUUCGCAACGCCAACAAAGGUCACUCCAACGGGAGUGCUGGGGGGAAUGGGUCCGACAGCGAGGCUGAUAGUAGCUCACUGGAGCGCAGGAGGAAGUUGUCCGCCAUUGGGGUAAAGCCCAAGCUUUACAGAGACAGAUCCAAGCGGCUUGGCAAGUUCAGCAGUUUUAGGACGAGCUUCUCUAUAGGCAGUGAUGACGAGAUGGGGGGUCCACCCAAGGCCAGCCAGGACGACGUAGGAGCCCAGAAGGACAACUCCAUCGAGGAGAGCGAGGACCCCAAAAGGAGAAAUAUUCUUAAGAGCCUACGCAGAAAUACAAAGAAACCACGAGCCAAACCCAGGCACUCCAUCUCCAAACCCAUCGAGAGCAACUACUUCGGUAUGCCACUGUCCACCGUGGUCAGUCUGGAGAGGCCCAUCCCCGUCUUCAUUGAGAAGUGCAUCCGUUUCAUUGAGACAACAGGGUUGAACACAGAGGGCAUCUACAGGGUCAGCGGGAACAAGGCCGAGAUGGAGAGCAUGCAGCGGCAAUUUGACCAAGACCACAACCUGGACCUGGUGGAGAAAGACUUCACCAUGAACACCGUAGCUGGAGCCAUGAAGGCCUUCUUCUCUGAGCUGCCUGACCCUCUGGUGCCCUACAGCAUGCAGGGAGAGCUGGUGGAGGCCUUCAAGAUCAACGAUAGGGAGCAGCGCUUCCAGACGAUGAAGGACAUUCUGCGCCGCUUCCCCAAGGAGAAUUACGAGGUCUUCAAAUAUGUCAUCAGCCACUUGAACAAGGUGAGCCAGAACAACAAGCUGAACCUGAUGACCAGUGAGAACCUGUCUAUCUGUUUCUGGCCGACACUGAUGAGACCAGACUUCACCACCAUGGACGCCCUGACCGCCACCCGCACCUACCAGACAAUCAUCGAGAGCUUCAUCCACCAGUGUGCAUACUUCUUCUACAAUCAGCAGCUGGCCGACGGCCUCCCCGGCUCCCCCACCUCCACGCUCUCCUCCGGGGGAACCUCCGCCUACUCCUGCAUGGCGGGAGGCUACUCCUCCUCGCCGACUCCGUCCCCGACUCCCUACGUCCUCCCGGCCACGCCUCCCGUCAUCCCCCACUACGGCCCUCCCAUCCACCACCACCACCACCAUCACCACCUCCACCACCAUCAGCACCAGUCCCCACCCCACUCCCCACCUGCUACCCCCCAGUCCCCACUUCCAGCCCUGCUGCCACCCUCCCUGCACCCCCAUCAUCCCCCUACGGAACAACACACGCUGUGAACCAGGGAUCAAGGGAAAGAGGGGAGGAAAUUUAAAAAAAAAACAGACGAAGACGGAUAACGAGAUUCAGAGAGAUUUAAGGGUUUAGAAUAAGAGAUUUUUUGAAGUUUUUGGGGGAGAAAUUGAAGGAGAUGAAUUGAAACAAGAACAGGAGGUAGGAAGAGAAGUUGGGAGAUUGAGUGAGAUGCAGUAUGUACAGGGAGAAACCUACAUGUUUGGGAGAAGAAGGAGGCAUUUAAAGCCUCUCUCGCUUUUAGAAAAAUGGACACACACACAAGACAGAAAAGGGGGAAGAGCCUCUGAACUGGCAGUAUGACCUUUCUCCCUCCUCGCCACUUUAUCCCUUUUGUCUCUCAGUCUCACUUCCUGUAGACCCGCCCUCCUUGCCUUAUAGAGAACCUACACACAAGCACACUGAUGAGUGAGAUGUUGCCAGUAACUUUUAAAGGGACUCAGGGAGGGACUCGGAAGUGAAGUGGAAAAGGGGAAUGUGAACUCUGUGAUGUUGAGACUGCUUCACCACACACACACACACACACAAACAGACACACACUUGACACAAACACCCAGUGGCCAGUGUGCCUCCAACAACCAUCCUCCUCAAUCCCUUAGCCUCUUAACUGUGCUGGGAAUUUAAGCGGCAGGCACAUGUUUUUCUGCAUCCGACCCACCGACUGUACCUACCUUUGGAGGCUGUGUCUGGGACAAAGUUGAGUCCUGAACACGUUUGUUUAUUUCGCCACUGUACAGAGGACUUAAGCCAGAAACACGUGUUACUACUCACCCGAUAGGAUGUUCUGUCCUCUGCAACACACACACACACACACACACAUUCCUAUCUAUCAACCCCUCACACGGCCACACACACUGACACAAUCAGUUUCAGUUGAGGCAGAAUGCCAAACACAGAAAAAAAAAUCUCAACCGACUGGAUCUGCUAGGCAGCAAAUUGGAGCAAAGGAUUAUGGGAACACCCUUUGCAUUCUGGGAAGGCUCCUCCCAGUCUCCUGUUUGCUCUCUCUCUCCCUCGGUUUGAACUUCAACCUCAUGUAAACCCGUGAAAACAGCCUGAAAAGUGGAUAUUUUUAAUUGGUCGUGCUUCUAAAUUCACACUGUCUCUGCAGAUUUUUAAUACUGUCUUGCAAUUUGACAAAAUCUUGGGAAACACAGAGAAACCCGGGCCUUGUGUAUAAGUGUCUGUGUGGCUGUCCAUCUGUCUGUGUGCGCAUGUAUCCAUGCCUUUUUGUUGUACCUGAAUUUCCCUGUAUUAGCCAGAUAGUGGGAAUAAUUCCAGUGUUGGACCUUCACCUGUCAUGUUGCUUCUUUCACGCUGUGGUGGUUUUACGAGCGAGUCGGCGCCGCAGUUCCCACAGUAAGGACCUUGUUCAAAAAGCACUUUUCUGAGCACUUUGAAGGCACAUUUUAAAUUGGAGCUGCCAUGACAUGACAGCCACCGUUCACUUUAUUGUCAGUCCAACCUUCUCUCUCUCUCUGGGAGCACACCACUGACAUCUAGAGGAAGAAAUGGGGAUUGCAGCCAUAACCUCACUUCCACUACUGCAUGGGCGUAGCACCAUUUUCCUACUGUGGUUUUUGUAGCGUCAGAUUCUCUCAUGGGUGCAAUUGUUUAGGGUUUUUCAUCACUGUAUGUCCGCUAAAAUUAGAGCUCAUGAAGUGUAUAUAAAAAGAACAGCAGCAGUUUUAAAUCUGGUACAAAUCAAUUGAGAUAAUAUAGAUUCAGGCUGUGUAGCCACGUGUGGUUGCAUUGCAGUUGAUUAGACAUGCAGUGAAUAAAAUUGCCUCUCUGUCUUUUGUUGUUAGCAUCCACUUCACCAAAGCACUCAGCCCUUUGUAAAGGAGUGCAUACCACUUCCCAGAUGCCAUAUUUGAGUGGAUGGAAAUGAAGAACGAGGAGAUUGAGGCACAAUGUAGCAUUACGGGCCAGAAAGUAAGAGCUGGAAGCGAGGCUCGGGCUUUGACAGGUGGGAGGGGAGGAUUUUUAUUGCUGGGAAUAAUGGUAACCACUGCUCCAGACCUCAGCGUGCUGUCCUCUUAGGACACAGCGUUAUGCUUUUGGAAAAGAGACUCAUACCUGCUCUCUGUGGACUCGAAAUACAAUUUGCAAGUGUAACCACUACACCCGCUGUCACUGCUGCGCCACCACAUCCCCUAGUCAUUCCUAGUCCAAGAGAGACAGUUGGGUCUGGGAGAGACAGCAGACAGAACAGACAGUCCAUUCAUCCGUCUGCAUGACUGGAACGGAGCAUCACAGAAUUCCUCGGCCCAGCCUGCUGUUACCGUAGAAACCAGCGAGAUGGGGCUCUGAUCGAAGCAGCUUUUGAAGUGUGUGUGUCCUUGUGUGUGUGUGUGUGUGUGUGCGCACAUGUGUUCCUGUGAGCUGGCGAAAGUGUGUGCGCAUGUGAACUUAUGCGUGUUAAUGUUAAGCAGAUGCUCACCAAGGUCACUUAUUCUGUUUGACACUGAAUUGCAUCUCUGCAUGUCUCCCCAGACUGUCCUCUGCCCAUAAGGAGAAAAAAAAACCUUUUAACCAAUCACUGAACUCUUAAAGGAGCUUUUAUACGUCUACACUACCUAUUUACCUUGUGUGUGGGUGUAUGUUUGUGUGUGUGUGUGUGUGAUUAGAGGAUAGGGGAAUUAGGAGUGUGUGUGUGUGUGUGUGUUUGGGUGGGUGGGUUUGAGCUAACAUGCUAGCAAGCUGUGCUUGGCAGACGGCCAGACACCAGCGUGAUCCAAAUAAACGUGAAGGAGAGGAAUGCAGUUCUCCUUGCGGUCAUUACCCCGCUGUGUAACCCUGUUAGCUCGUCCAGAUUACACACACUGAUCCUCAGAGAAAGUGUGAGAGAGAUGGGGGAGAGGCUGGGGAGAGGGAGAGGGACAGCGGACGGGUGAAUGGGAUCAUUAUUUGGGAGAUGGAGGGAGGAAGGAGGGAUGACCACUGGUACUUGUGUGUGAACGCCGGCCAGUGGCGUUCCCUGUGUAUAUCAAUGUGUUAAUACUGAACUGACUGUGAGGCAGCCAAAGACUGUGGAAAAAAGGGUCGAGGGAGAGAUGGGAAGCAAAGUGACAGUUUAGAAGAACAAUUGAAUUAAAAAUGUGACUUUGGUUCAGCGAUAAUAUGUGGCUGCAUUGCUUUUCUUUUUCUUUUUUUCUUUUUGUUUUUGCAACAAUGGUGACAGAUGUCUGUUAAGUUAAAAUGAGAAACAAGCAAAACUAUAUUCAAAUGGUUGUUUAUUGGUAUGUUAGGGGGUCUAACACUUUGCCCUUUAGUCAGUGGUGAUAGAAAAAAAAAAAGUUUCUUUUUAUGUUUUAUUUUAAUAAUUAAAAAAUACAAAGCAUUUUUUAAAACAAUUUCUUUGUGAACGAUUGAGAGACCAGCCCAGUAUAGUGCAUGAUUUCUUCCCGACCGAGGAAGAGGGCUCCACCACUCUCACUAUUUAAGAGAUGAUGAUAAUAAAAAAAAUAUUAAGAAAUAAUGAGGGGAAAAGAAAAUAAAAAUAAAAAAAUAAAUGAAGUACUGUAAAGUGAAAAGAUAACAUCAAACAAAAAAACUGUCAUUAUUUGCUGAGUAUGGUAAUUUGUCUCAAUGGGAAUGGUGUAUACAGCAAGGCCUUAUGUGAUCUGUAUCAUAGUUAAUAAAUCAAAUCUUGUAAAA